UUUCUAAAAGCACUGAAACACCAAGAAAAAAUACCUUUACAAGAUCAAUAAACUUGAAGAAGACUUUCUCCGCAAAUCAAGACAAGGAGGAAAGCAAAGGCUUCAACAGGAAGCAUUCUAAAGUGCUUCCUCACAGAUCAAGAGACCCCAUGGGCUGCUUUGAUGGUUUCAAACUGGUAGUGCCGAAUCGCUUCAAACACUUCCAAGUGACUGUGGCAUCGUCCAGCAUUAACAAAGCGCCCCAGACUUUCAAUUUGUGGGUGGAUCCUUGUCAAAAGAGUCUGACUUACAUUUUCGGUUCGAAUCCAUCUUUAGUUGAAGAGGUUUUCAAGUGAAGCCCCACAAAUUUCUGUAGAAACUUUGCAUUGUUUAGAAACCAAAUUCCAUCCAACCCAGAUCUGAAGACCAAGAACAAAGGCUUGCAGAUUCUGUUCCAGAAGUUCCACGGAGAGUACGCUCACAAAAACCAAAACACAGCAGUUUUAACCGAACUAUUCGGUAGAGCCUUCUAUGGUACAGUUGUCAUUGCAAUGUGUACACAAGAACCAAAUUUCAAGUUCCAUGACUUCACACCGGAUCAUCUCGAAGAGUUAAACCAGGCUUUCUUUGCUCGCAAACAUGAAGAACCUGCAGGAGUUGCAUACUGUGAGGAGUUUAAGGUAAAGCAGCAAAAGCACCCCAAGGCUCCGAAACUGUUCGGCAAAGGCACUUUCAAAGUUUCUCCUAAACUUUACAAUCCGGUCAAGGUGAGCAAGAACAUGUUUGAAGAUGCUGGAGUCGUCCCUCACAGCACUGGGAAGUCACGCAAGUUUUGCAGUUCCAUGCCAACAUCGCCACCUAGAUAUCAAGAGUCCACAGAGAAGUGGGGUCAGCACAUCAAGCAAGAUUCAGAGCUUCACGAAGAGACCAAAUUCGAGUUGAAAGAGGGUGAACUCGCAAUAGCAAACAUGGGCAAAUUUCCACCUCACUAUGCUACUUCUGAAGGAGACAACUACUCUCUAAGUUUUCUUGAAGGCCACCAGCCCAGCUUCUUGAGAAAUUAUUGCGACUCCGCUCUUGAUAACUUUUGCAAAGACGGGUUCAAUGUCCUCACCCAGCAAGGCGCUCAACAGAAGGUUAACCACUCUACAGCAAGAUUGCCUUCUACCCAAAGUCCCCAGGUCAGUGUCGUUGAUGAGGCUUCACAAUCCAGAGAGCCUGACAUUAUGGUGUAUCCCAGUGCACUUGAUUCUUGGUUAAGCCUGCUUGGCUAUGAGAAGACUUCUCCCAGUGGAUUCUUCGACACUUGAGACAGCGACAACACCCAACAAACAAGACUGGUAGAAGAAGGAGGUAUCUGGCAUAUCAUGAUGUCUUAG